GGGAGGAAGAGAGAGAGAGAGGUGGGAUUUGGGUUUAUGGGUUUUUGCUGAAAUGCUUGCUGCUUUUCAUUCUGUUUAGAGUUUUAUUUAUUGAAAAUUUUUUGAGGGUUUGUUUUGAUUUUUUUUUUUUUUGAAAUUCUUGGGUCAAUUGGGUCGUUUUCAUCGAUUACUUUUUGUUUUUAUUUUUAUUUUUUUUUUGUGGUUCUAUUUAAAUUAGUGGAUGCAAUAAAAAAAUUGGUCGGUGAUAGGGAUUUUUGAAAUUUUAGAGUGCAAUUGUUCAGGCAGUAUACAGAAAGUAUUUUGCUUACUCAUUUGUUAUAAGAUCAAUAUUGGAGGGGAGGAUUUUGGGUUGGUGAAUUGAGUUUCUAUUUGAUCAAAAUUUUCACUACAGUAUUUGAUUGGUAAUUUUAUCUUAGGUGGGAUUAGUUGUUGAAAUUUCCUUGAUGAUUGCAUAUUGCUGUGUUUUUUUAUCAUUAAAUUUUAUUGGAAUUCGACGAUAAUGAUGAAAAUUGAAAUUUAAAUCGAUAAGUUCUAUCUAGGAUAGUAAACAAGUUCAUUUUUCUGAGUUUUGUUAUUUUUUAAUUGUUGUCUGGGAUUUAAGGCUCUUUUUGGUACUUAAGAAGGAAUUGUAUUUGUGUUUGGUUCUUUACAAUGGAUUCAAGAACAAGUGGAAAUGGGGAUGCUGGGGGUAUCAGGGAGGAAGAGAAAUCUGAUAAUUCAAAGGUGAAAGGUACAGGAAGUGUUAGUAGCAAAGAUAUGAUUUUUCGAGCAGAUAAAAUCGAUCUUAAGAGCUUGGAUGUACAACUGGAGAAGCACUUGAGCAGGGCUUGGUCAAUGAACAUUGAGACCCAAAGGCCUAAAGAAGAAUGGGAGAUCGAUUUGUCUAAAUUGGAUAUAAGAAAUGUAAUAGCCCAUGGAACUUACGGGACUGUUUAUCGGGGUAUCUACGAUAACCGAGAUGUUGCAGUGAAGCUAUUGGACUGGGGUGAGGAUGGUAUUGCCACAACUGCUGAAACCACUGCUCUGCGGGCAUCAUUUCGGCAAGAGGUUGCUGUUUGGCACAAGCUUGACCAUCUUAAUGUCACGAAGUUUGUUGGAGCAUCAAUGGGAACAUCAAAUCUCAAAAUUCCUGCAAAAGACAUGUCUGAUGGUCAAACUUCCCUCCCUUCCAGGGCUUGUUGUGUGGUUGUUGAGUAUCUCCCCGGUGGGACGCUAAAACAGUACUUGAUAAGAAAUAGGCGAAAGAAACUUGCUUUUAAGGUUGUGGUGCAGCUGGCUUUGGAUCUCUCUAGGGGACUUAGCUAUCUACAUUCAAAGAAGAUUGUACAUCGUGAUGUCAAAACUGAAAACAUGUUAUUGGAUGCUCAUCGAACUCUUAAAAUUGCUGAUUUUGGUGUUGCCCGUGUUGAAGCUCAGAAUCCAAGGGACAUGACCGGUGAAACUGGUACCCUUGGAUACAUGGCCCCUGAGGUUCUUGAUGGCAAACCAUAUAAUAGAAGCUGUGAUGUCUACAGCUUUGGCAUAUGCUUGUGGGAAAUUUAUUGUUGUGAUAUGCCUUACCCUGAUCUUAGCUUUGCUGAUGUGUCAUCUGCCGUUGUCGGACAGAAUCUACGACCAGAGAUCCCAAGAUGCUGUCCAAGUUCUUUAGCCACUAUCAUGCGAAAGUGCUGGGAUGCAAAUGCAGAAAAACGUCCUGAAAUGGCUGUGGUGGUGAGAAUGUUAGAAGCCAUUGAUACAAGCAAAGGAGGAGGGAUGAUUCCUGAUGACCAGGCACCUGGCUGUUUCUGUUUUGCCCCUGCUCGUGGUCCUUGAGUUCCUUAUUUCCUCUUUUUCGCAUUCUUUUGUUUCUCAUUUCAUUUGAAAGCACAGAUGGAAUCAUGUCAACUAGCUCUUUGAUUGAUUUCUGCCUGUCAUUUUGUUAACAGUAAUGAAAACAUGCUAUAAGGUUCAUAAA